ACCGACGUUAUGCGUUAUGAGCAGGUGUACUAUAUGUAGACUUGUAGGCUGUAGGCGCGUUCAAGAGGAUAGCCUACCGCUAAUUUUGUGAGCACUCUUCGUACCCACUGGAUCCCGCUCUGUCCCCGCAUUGUGGCCACAAGUCCUUCUUUACCGCUGGUAUGGACCGCACAAAGCAAUAUCGCCGAGGUGGGCUUUCAGACUGGAAGCGGACCAAUGUUAGAAAGUCCAAUUGUCGUCGCUUGCAAUUGCUAUGGAAUAGCUUGCGUAGGAUUGGACUGUUGCAUUUCACCGAUACACAUCGUAGGAGUGGGAAAUGUACAGGAAAACGGUUUGAACGCUUUAAACAGCCAAUCACUGCUACGGUAUCUCGCUGGAUGGCGCCGUUCUUCUUAGUGAGUUCCCUCGUGAAAAGAAUUGUCGGCUGCGAGGUGGAAGUUUAGGGAGGGCAUGGAGAUCUCGGAUUCCGGAUGUGCUGGCUUUG